AUGCAAACAUUUAUUUGGAUACUCGGUGUAACAAAACCUUUAAUAUCUAAGCUUCAUAUAUUUAUUUUAAUUAGUUCAUGUCCAUCAAAUGUUGAUAAAAUAAAAGGUAAUACUCUUAUAUUAAUUAUUUGGCUUAGUACUCAUGUACUUCUGGGAUAUUCUCGUUCGAUUAUUGCAUAUUAUGUUCAAAAUUAUUCUUCAAAUGGAAUGUUUUGGUAUGGUGUUAAUGUACAAUUAGGUGCAUUAAUUGGAUCUAUCAUUAUUUAUCAUUUAAUAGAAACAUUUUCUUUAUUAAAUGGAAAAAUGCCUUGU